CUUCACCAACAUCUCCAUCGGGGGGCGGGACUACUCCUUCAACAGCGACGGCUACCUGUCCAACCCGCUGCUCGACGUCAUCUCCUACACCAACGGGAGGGGAUGGGAGGAGGUCGGCUGGUGGGAGAACGGACACCUGCGGCUGCGUUACCACCCCUGGUCUCGUUACGGCUCCUUCCUGAAGCCUCUGGAUGACGCCCAGCACCUGCGAGUGGUCACCCUGGAGGAGAGGCCCUUCGUCAUCGUGGAGCCGGCCGACCCGGGAACCAGCUCCUGCAUCCGGGACUCGGUGCCCUGCCGCAUGCCCGUCAACUCCAGCCUGGUGGUGGACAGCGCCGGGCCCAUGAAGCACUGCUGCAAGGGCUUCUGCAUCGACGUCCUGAAGCGCCUGGCCAAGAUCGUGGGCUUCAGCUACGACCUUUACCUGGUGACCAACGGCCGGCAUGGGAAGAACAUCGACGGGGAGUGGAACGGCAUGGUCGGAGAGGUGGUGUCCAACAGGGCCGACAUGGCCAUCGGCUCGCUCACCAUCAACGAGGAGAGGUCGGAGGUCGUGGAGUUCUCUGUACCGUUUGUGGAGACCGGCAUCAGCGUCAUGGUUUCCCGGAGCAACGGCACCGUAUCGCCGUCUGCCUUCCUCGAGCCCUACAGCCCAGCGGUGUGGGUGAUGAUGUUUGUGAUGUGCCUGUCGGUGGUGGCUGUCACCGUCUUCAUCUUCGAGUUCUUCAGCCCCGUGGGAUACAACCGCAGCCUGCAGAGCGCCAAGAAGUCGGGAGGAUCGAAGUUCACCAUCGGGAAGUCGGUGUGGCUGCUGUGGGCGCUGGUCUUCAACAACUCUGUGCCUGUGGAGAAUCCCAGAGGAACCACCAGCAAGAUCAUGGUGCUGGUCUGGGCUUUCUUCGCUGUCAUCUUCCUGGCGUCCUACACGGCCAACCUGGCUGCCUUCAUGAUCCAGGAGGAGUACAUCGACACGGUGUCAGGACUGUCAGACAAGAAGUUCCAGCAGCCGACGGAGCAGUACCCGCCCCUGCGCUUCGGCACGGUGCCGAACGGCAGCACGGAGGAGAACAUCCGCUCCAACUACCCCAACAUGCACCAGUACAUGAUCCGCAACAACCAGAAGGGAGUGGAGGAGGCCAUCGAAAACCUCAAGACCGGGAAACUGGAUGCCUUCAUUUAUGACGCCGCAGUGCUGAACUAUAUGGCCAGGAAGGACGAGGGCUGCAAGGUGAUGACCAUCGGCUCGGGCAAGGUGUUCGCCACCACAGGCUACGGCAUCGCGCUGAACAAGAACUCCCGUUGGAAACGACCACUGGACCUGGCCCUGCUGCAGCUGGUCGGAGACGAUGAGAUUGAUAUGUUGGAGCGUCUCUGGCUGUCGGGGAUCUGCCACAACGAUAAGAUCGAGGUGAUGAGCAGUAAACUGGACAUCGACAACAUGGCGGGGGUCUUCUACAUGCUGCUCGUGGCCAUGGGCCUCAGCCUCUUGGUGUUUGCCUGGGAGCAUCUGGUGUACUGGAAGCUACGGCACUGUGUGAAGCGGUCCGGUGGGAUGGACUUCCUCCUGGCUCUCAGCAGGGGAAUGUACAGUUGCUGCCAGUUUGAGGAUGAGACCACACCAGGAGGCAGCAAAGGCUCUUUGCCCCAGUAUCACACUGUGACCACCAUGCCUGCUGGGGCCCAGCAGCAUCUUGUGACAGCCACGAUAAACAACACGACGGCCAUUGCUAUGGUGCAGCAUCAACAACAGCAGCAGAAGCACCACCAGCAGCUGCAGCAACAAGGGCAGACCUAUACCACCAUGCUCCCCGGGUCACCUCCAACCACAGGACACUCAGCGAUGGCUCUGGGCCCCUCAAACAGCCCCUUAUUGGAAGGCCCCAUGCCUUGCUCCACCUUCUUACCUCGCCAUGACCGCAGACUUGCUGUCGUGGAUCGCUGGAACAGGCCAAAGCCGGAGAAAGUAAUGAGCGCGGGCAGCGGUGGUGGAGUGGGCAUUGGGGGAAUAGCCGGUGGCAUCACUGAACUCCAGGCCCAGCAGCAGUAUCAGCAGAAUCUUGGGCAGCACUGGAGCUUGCAAGGGGGAGUUGCAGGUGGAGCAGGGGCAGCAGGUGACACAGGGCUAGAUGAAUAUAAGCGCUACUAUGGUCCUAUAGAUCCAGAGGGGCUAGGGACUAACUCUGACCAACAGGCAGGGGGCCCCCAACACACUCCCAAAGCUAAUCCACGAGGCCCCAAAGCCUCAGGGAUGCCACGGCCGCCUCUUAAAGGCCCCCCACAAGGCCCCCCACAAGGCCCAACACACUUAAUCUCCAAGCCUCCUCCACCUCUCCCAUCUUCUCCUCGAAGGCCUCCCUUCUGGCGACGAGGAAGCUUAGCUCAGGCAAGAAGAAAAAGCUCAGGAGGUCCCCUGUAUGAGAAUAUCCUCCCACUCGGGAGGCGAGGAGGUGGCAGGUACGGAGCAAGUGAUGGAGCUGGUAGAAGAGGCCGGCGUCCUCCACCUCCUCCUCCAUUACCUGUCCCCCUUUCCUCCCCAACACACACCCCUACCAGCCCCUCCUCCCCAUGCCGUGUCUACUCCUCCUGCUCCAGUGCCUCGUCCUCUUCCUCUUCCUCCACAUCCUCCUCAUCAUCUUCCUCAUCCUCUGCUUCUCUCUCCCGGUCCAAUUCUCCCUCCGUUUGCUCCAGUGACAGCUCCUACAACUCCUCACUGAGUUUCCGGUAUCGCGCAGGUGAUCGAGAGCUUACGGUGGAUGACGAUUAUGACUCCGACCUGCUUACGGAGGAGUCCAGCCUUCUCCUGGGCUCACGGAGGAAGAUUCGUUCACGGCGCAUGUCAUCACGCUCUUUGCCGUGCAGCCCGCCACCUCCGCCGAUCCCUCCACGGAAGCCACGUCCUCAGCGAGAUUAUGGCAGAGAGAGAACUGGCAGCCAGCUCGCCCAAUUACAGGAGUGGUGGGCAUCAUGGGGAGACAGGGAGCGAGCGAGGGGAGCGAUAACUGUCCGGGGAGAAGGAGGAGUGGGAAGGGAAGAGAAGAGGCAACACAAAGAGAGGGAGCGUGAAAGGAAGAGGAGGAAGAAGGGCCGAAAGAAGAAGAAGAGGGAAGAUAGGGAAAGAGAAAGGGAGCGGAAGCGGCGUAAAGCAAAGAAGAAGAAGAAGAAAGAUGAUAAAAUAAGGAAGAGAGAGAGAAAGAGGUCUGAGCAGGAGGGAGGAGAUCCUGAAAAAAGAGAGGAACUAAAAUCAGGGACACUAGACUACCCAUCAUACCCAUCUCUGAGAAGGGAGUCCUUUCGGAAAAAGAGUGAAAGCUCCAUCAGAAGCUAUGGAUGGAAUAUCCCAGGCGACGAAGAGAGAAGGGAAGAGAAAGAGAGGGAUGAAGCAGAGGACAGCAGAGGAAAGGAAAAGGUCCUACGGCGAAGGAACAGCAAGCACUACCAGGGCUCCAGCACUAAGCCUUCGACAUCUGUAAAGUUCUGGGGAGGGGUCAACCCAUCCUCUGACACUAUUCCAUCUGCCUUCCUGCCUUUGUUGCCUGUCUCCUCUAAAAGGAGGAAGAGUAAAAGUUCUGACAGGGAAGGAGUAGGAGUCGAAGGGGAGAGAAGGCCUCUGUUGGGAAGGGACGGGAGAAGUGAGAUGCCUUCCAAAGAGGGGUUGUCCUUUCACGAGUGGGAGUCCGAUGGAGAGGAUGAGGAAGAAGAUUCUGAGCAGGAGAGGAGGAAAGCCGGGGGGCGUGGGAAGCGGCGCAGAGGUGGAAGGACGAUGUCCGAUGAGGAGCGGGAACGUGAUAAGGUCGUCGGGAUAUAUUCUGAUGAUGAUGGUUCUUCUGGAGAGUUUGGAAAGUUUGAGAGGUACUGGGAGGAUCAUGAAGGAAGGGCCGUCGGAGGGAUCGGAGGGGGAGGUUGGUUUUUUAGCACCUACCCCUCCAGGGAUAAAGUCGGCAGCAUCAACAGCAGAGAUGACCUGUUCCUGGAGCGGGGAGAGAGGUGGGGAACAGCAGAGAUUGGGUGGGGGUCCAGUGGUGGAGGAGGAGGAGGAGGAGGAGGAGAUGGAGGUGAAAGAAGUUGGGGAUCGGGAUCACACUGGCCCCCUCCUCCUCUUACCCCACCCCCUCCUCGGCGAUACUGGUCAGUGGAUAAACUCCACAUACAGGAUGAGAAGAAGAGUAAACGCAAGUCAAAGGACAAGGGCAGAGGGCGCGCAGCUUAUUCCUCCUGUCACUCACCGCGACAUCACCCGCACCCCCACUCAUCCAAAUGGGCCCGUGUAACCUCAAGAAGCCAGGAGGAGUUGUACCGCCAUUGCCAGAGUUUCGGUGGCCCCCUGAAGCCCAAACACGACUCCUCCUCAUCCUCCAAGCCAGACCGCUCACAGAAUCCAUCUAAGUCUGGCAGUCAGUCGAACCUCAUCAUCCAGCAGCGGACACAGAGAGCGGAUAGGGAUCGAGGAAGGCAACAGUCCCCGCCCCCAACCCUCUUACCUAACUUGCCACCCCCACUCCCUGCCCUCCCAGCUCCUCCGUCCUCAUCUCACCCGAUCCAUGCUCCUCCCCCUACCUCGUCCUCUUCUGUAUCCUCCCCCUCCGUGGUCUCCUCCACCCCGGGGGCACUCCAGUCCUCCUCCAUGGCUUCGGCAAGUGCCAAACUGCAGUACCAGAGAUUGCGCUCUGUACCCCAGCCCCAGAGGUUUCCUCAGUCUCCUCACUUACCACUUAAAGCCAAGAGCCUUUGCUCCCGAAGGGGCUCGGCCCAUUUCUCCAGCGUGGAGAGUGAGGUCUGAAGUUUCAACAAGGUAUUAAAAGUCAUAAGAAGGACACUCUGGUGAUCUGGAUCAGAAUCAGCAAACCUGGCUACCCUGCCAAGUUGGUACAGUACACGCACUGAGCCCUUUCCUAAAGUUCUGCACAAACAAACCAGAAAGCCAAACUCACCCAACGGGUCGGUCAACGGGAGACAGGAGCAGUCUCGUGCUUACUGUAGUUAUCUUUCAUUCCUGCGAGUAUGUGAAAGACUUCAACCGCCGCAACAGCGUAUUCCGAACUGGGUAAACCGACACACUUAAAGUAACUCAGACAUUAAAGUGGUGCAACUGAGAGACAGCCCUUUGCUUUGGAUGCUGAAGCGGAGCAGUAGUUUGUAUUCAGAGGAUUCUUAAUGCUUACUGAGGGCUCAGGAACUUUGUAGUACUGUAUGCCUGCUGCUCUCGGAAGCCUUUAACACACAACAGUGUUGGUAUUUUUUCGCUUAAACAAAUCGCUUACCCCCACUUUCAUUUUUCCUUAACAAACUGUUUACACCCCCGCAGAACUGUGAUGCCCGCCCAAGGCACUUUUGUUUUGUAUGAUCAACACCUUCUUGUCUAGAGGGAGAAGAGGGCGAUUACCACUUUGUCUGUUUUGUGUUGCCCAUGCACGUUCUCUUCUUCUCCUCUCUUUCGUCCCCCCCCAUCCUUUCCCUCGUUUUCUCUCCUCCCCUUAUCUUCUCCGUCUUUCAGUUUUUUCUCUGCUUUACCUCAUUUCCCACCUUAUUCACACGUCUAUCUUCUCAUCUCCUUCCCUGCUCUCCCCUCUUGGCUCCUCUCCUUGAUGUGAUUAUUCUGUGUGUCUGUGCUUUUCUGUGUUUGUAUUCUUGACGACAGGGUAAGUCAACUGUGACUGAUAUUCUACUGGCUUAAUGAAAAGCUGAGUGCCAAACCUAAGUAGAGCUCCACAUCAAUCUGUACAACGACAGCUGCUGUGUUUCCUUUUUAUCUCGCAGAGCAAUCCGUCAUCUCCCAAAAAUGUGCACAUGCAAAUACACACAUAAAGGUGCACACACAAACUCACGUGCACAACACCCACCCAAUAAGUCAACUCAUCUAUUCUAUUUCUUGAGCAAUACAUUUUUCACCCUCCGUUCACAUGUUUUGACUUUAAAACCUUUAUUUGACCUCUGUGUUGUAGUUGUUGUUGUUAUUGAAGGUGUUCUAUAUAUCACGACAUGUAUUACGUUGAUACAAUGUUAGCACUGUGCCAUACGACUCAAACCUGGGUGCACACGAAAAGUUCUCUCAACUACCUAACUACGACAACGGAGGCGGAGUGUGUUCCCUCCCCGUGUUUGACUGAAUGUAAAGUCAAGCCAACAAGUGUGCUGCAACAACAAUCAAGACACUUGAAGAUUGGAAUUGUUGCAUCUCUGGUGGCGAGGAACGGAGUUGACUUCCACAGUCGGCAGUUUGCAAACCGAGCAGGGUCAGUAGCUGCUGGAGGAUUAAAUCUGCGAAGGGGUUCAGUUAGAAAUAGAUUUUUAUAUCUGUUUGAUUUCAUUGCGACUGACGCGCUCGGUGGAGCUACCGCUGUUGGGCAAGGUGUAAGAAGUUGCAGGGAAACAAAUACUUUGAGCCUUAUGCUAAUUGCUCCUGCCAUAUGGUUUGUGUAAAGUAUGAAUAUGAAAGUGUGUAUUUUCAGUAUAAUGCCUGCCGUUAGCCUCGUGCUAGCAAGACAGUGUGAUCGUAUGGGAAGGAAUUAGUUUGAUGCAACAAUAGAUCUGGUGUGAGUGCUGUGUUGAGACUGUGCCUGUGUCGGAUGCUAACUCACGGAUGAGGCAGCUUAAAGAAGUAGAGCUGAAUCUGACUGAUGGCGUAUGAAAGCCACAGCAGCACCCCAAGGAUUUCUCGCCUUGUAAAUGCGUAACCAAGAGCUACAGCUUUUUAAUCCAUCACCGAGCUGACACCAGCAGUUACACUCCGAUGUCAAGCACUUAGCUCGAGUCCAAGUAGCCAGUUGUGACCACCAUCACUCGAAUCCAGCAUCAGGAGCCUGGACGUCAGUGGAGUUUUAGUGCAGAGGCCAGAGCCACUGGCACAAAGUGGUUUUCAGCCUGAGCCAACUUUCCCAUCGCCACUGGUCAGCUCACGUUAUUUGCCUGGAUCUGCAUCUGAGCCAUAACUUACUUCAGCGGAAGAAAACAAAAGAGAACCUUAGUUUUUAACAUUAAACUUGUUGUGUAGAGUUUUGUCCGACUUUCUUUAAGAAAAAAAAUCGACAUAUAUAUAUCAUAUAUAUAUAUAUAUAUAUAUCUUUGUGGCGGUGGGUAGCGUUAGAGAAAAUUGUUGUUUAGAAUCUUGACAUUUGGGGAUAUUUGUUUUAUUUGUUUCUCAUUCCAAGUACAUUACAAUUCUGAUAUAUGACGUGUUAUGAACUCAUAUUCCCUCAAAGUCACUGGCAACAGGGAAACUCUUCAGUUCAAAUCGUCUUGAGCCAAACCGGAGACAGUUCAGUGCUUUGCUAAUUCCAACCAGUUGUCGACAGCUUGGUCAAACAAACCAGGAACAGCGUGAAGUGAGUGUGACGUGUUUCUGUGCUUUCACACCGCCAGCAACGCAAGUCUGUUGAGAAAAAAAAUAACUUUUGUAUUGAAGGGGGGCCCCAGUUGAACCAUUUGGACUCGUGCCUUUCUCAGUGUCAAACCUGUUCCCGGAACAGAACCUGUCAACAAGUGUAAACGGCUGAUUGUGUGUUAGCGCAGCAGCUGCUAGCGGUGUGAACACGGAGCUCCUCCAGCGAGUCACCGACCCCCCCUCGCCUCUUUCUCCUCAUGUCUAUCCAUUGUGUUGUGUGCGCGUCUGCAAAUGUAAAGCUGGUCUGUUUUUAAAAAAAAAAGAAGAGUAUCUGUGGAUAUAUUUAUUUCAUCUAAAAAAAAAAAAGAGCAUAUCUAAAUACAUAUGAAAGUAUAUUUCAAGACGCUAAGAUCUAUGUUAUAUAAGUUUGUCUACUAAAUUUACGAUAUUAUCUCAAUGAAAAUGUCUUUUUUGUCUGUUUGUCUGUGUCUUCUUGUCUCAAACCUCCUGCCCAGCCCCCUACAC